AUGGCUCAAUUUCAACCUAUUUCAUUAAGUCAAUCGGUUCAGUUACCAUCGCAACAAUCAGUACAGCAGCAACAGCAACAACAACAACAACAACAACAACUUCUUCAACAAAAUCCAUGUCAAUAUCAAUUGGAACCAUGUGAUAUUAAACCACAAUUUUCAUUAAUUCCAUCAAUUUCACAAAGUUUAACUAAUAAUAAUAAUAAUAACAAUAUGAAUCUAACAUCAUCAUCCACAUCUACAUCCACAUCUAUUCAAGGUGGUAUUGGUAAUGUUGGUGCAUUAAUGACAACAUUAGAUAAUGUUGUUAGUGGAAUAAAUAAUGUUACAACAGGACAAUUUGUUACAUCAAUGAAUCAUGUUGAUGUUGCAUCAUUAUUAAUGAAUCCAAGUAAACGUGCUGAAACAUUUGUUAUUGAUGAAGUAAAAGUAAUGUUAAAAGAAAUUGAAGCUAGAAAACAUAUAUUAUUAUCAUUAUCCCCAUCAACUAAUCGUUUAAAACGUCGUGCAUGGGAAGAAGUUGCUGUAUGUAUGGCAAAUCGUUGGCCCCAUGCACCAAGAAGAACAGCUGAUCAAGUAAAGAAAAAAUGGGAAAAUCUUGUCUCAAAAACAAAACGUAAAGUACGCGCUGGUCAUGUUACACCAGAAUUAGAUUGGAAUGAAACCAAUGCAGCUGUUAUGCAAUUUCUUACACAACAUAGUCCACCAGUACGUUUACGUUAUUUAACAUCAACUACACCAUCAUUACUUAAUCUUGGCAAUUUACAACCAUCAUCAUCAUCUUCAAUGUUAUCAACAGCAGCAGCGGCGGCAGCGGCAGCAGUAGCCUCAUCUUCAUCAUCAAUGAAUUGUACAAAUGGAUUUAAUCAUAUUAAUUCAAAUAAUUAUGGAUUAUCGAAUAGUAAUUUCUUAGAUUCAUAUAAUAAUAAUAAUAAUAAUAUUAAUAUUAAUUCAUCAGUUUUUCCUAAUAAUCAACAAUCAUCUUUUAUGUUGUCAACAUCUAAAUCAAAUUUCAUGAAUCCCAACAUGAAUCAAGACAAUAAAAAUAGUAAUAAUAAUAAUAAUAACAAUAAUAAUACUAAUAAUAGUAAUAAUAAUAAUAAUACUGGACAACUCUCAUUUGGUAAUCAUGAUACAAAUAAUUUGAAUUCAUCAACAGAGGAAAAUGAUGUGGAUAUGACAAAUAUAACGAAUGUUCAAAAUACUACUGUUGAAGGUGCUUCAGAUGUUGGUAAUAUUACUGGAUCCGUACAUGAAUCAUUUCUUUCAUCAUUUUCACCAUUUAAUCAAUCAUUUAUUAAUUUUGGUUUACCAUCUACAACAGAAUCAUUUUAUACAACAUUUAGUCGUGAUAUACAAAAAGAAUUAUAUAUACAAUUAAAACAAGAACAUGAAUUACGUAUGGAUAUAUUACGUUUACAAAAGCAAACAUGGUUAUUACAAAUGAAUUUAUUUAAAAAAAUGAAAAUUGAACAAAUUUCUAGUUUAUUUUCAUCACCUAGUUUAAUGAUGAAUACAAGUAGUGUUAAUUCACUAACUAAUAUACCUAUUACUGCUACUUUAACAUCGAUAUCAUCUGUUGCUACUACUACUACUGCUACUACUACUACUAUGGAUCCUGUUAGUAGUAUAAAUAGUAUUUGUACAACUUCAAUCUUAUUGAAUAAAACCAAUGAAAGAAGUAUACCUACAAAAUUGAAAAAGAAUAAAGAUAAAGAAAAAGAUGAAGAACAUGAACAUGAACAUGAACAAGAAGAAAUAGAAUCACAAUGUAUUAUAUCUAAUAAUAGUUCUUUAUCACCAAUGUUUCCACAAGAUGGUACAAAUGGUAUUGUUAAUCAUAAUCAUAAUCAUGAUCAUCAUCAUCAUCGUCAUCAUCAACAAGAGAAUCUACUGAAUGAUCAUUGUAGAUUAAAUAAUAAAAUAACAGAAAAACAAGAAAAUUAA